AUGGAUAAUGAUCAAUCUACAGCAACAACAUCAACAAUGACUGACCCUUUACAUAAUAAUAGUUUAACAAAAGACAAUUCAUCAUUACCUUCAUCCUCUUCAUCGAAAAAAUCAUCUAAAUCACUAUCUGAAUCUCCCGAUAAAAUGACAUCGAUAAAAAAUAGUGAUGAAAAAUCAUCAAAAAGAUCCAAAUCACUUGAAAUCACGUCUUCAUCAUUGUCAAAAACUUUAGAUGACAAUGUACCAAAUGAUUCGUCAUCAAGAAAAUCUUCUCUUACUGAUGGAUCAAUAAAUUCUUCAGUCACUAUUAAAUCUUCAUCAUCAUCGACCACUUCUAACGGUGCUGCUGUUCCUACGAAAAAUCAGAAACCCAAUGAAAAAAUGGUUGGCAAGACAAUAAUAUCAUCAUCGUUAUCUCUUAACGGCCGACGACCAUCUCCACUUUCAUUAGUAGAAGAGAAUGACCAUUAUAAUUCUCGAACUGUUCCUGUUCGUGAUACAACGCCAUCAAAUCCUUCAUUUUUAGCUUCAUCUUCUACCACUAAUACAACUACCACUACCAAUCCUCAUAAUGCCACUGCUACUCAAUCAUCAGGUUUAAUAGGCGCUGUUCCACCACGAAGAGCUACAUCGAAUCCUGGUCAACCUCGAAAGAAUAUGCCUGGAACUCCAAAUUCACCCUGGAUCGGUGGAUUCAGUAUACAAUCACCCGCUCUCUACUCCAUGAAUAGUCCAAUGUUUAGUCCAGCAACAAUUUAUCGUUCUGAUUCUCCAUCAUUAGCAAAAUCAAUGGAUACUCCUACUACUGCUACUUUACCUACCAGUUACUCAAUUGAUUCAAAUCAAAUGUCAUUUGAUGAAGUGCUGGGUCAACCGAAUAAAACAGGUUUACCUGAACCACCACCGACUGAUGUACAUAUGAGACCAUUCUGGCUAAUGCGAAUAUUAGAACGUACAAUGACAACUGGUGGCUACUUAACAAAGAAGUUAUUCGUACCUAAUAACAUGUGGGUGCAAGCAAAUGUCAAAUUAGCAUCGGUGGAAGCUAAACUUUCUAGCUGUGAUGUAAUCUAUAAUUGUUUGCUGAGAUUAGAAAAAACGACCAUUGAUGAUUUGGAUUCACUAGUAAAGGAAUUGGAUUCAAUUGAACCUUUAUUUGAUGGAAUUCAAAAUUCAUUAGCUCGAAAAUUGAAUUAUGUUGAAUCGACAAAUGGUAAAAGUCGUCAAAGCACAUCUCUUAUGAGUUGGGGAUCAAAAUUAUCACAACGACUUGAUCGCAUGGGCAUGGGAAAUGUUGCUAAUCGAAGUGAAGAGGCAAGUAGUUAUGUAGAUAUAUUAUUAAAAGUGUUUCUGACAGCUCGUAUUGUUGAGGUCUAUAUAAGUCACUUUUCAUCGUUAAAAGCACCGUAUCAUCAUCAUCAUACACAUAUUGUAUCUCGGUUAUACAAAAUUUCGGAUUUUUUUGGAAAUGUUUUGUGUCGAUUUGUCGUACGGGAUUUAGGAGUAUUGGCAGAUAAAUACGUUAAAAGAGGUGGCAAUUGGGUUACAGAUUAA